AUGAUGUACAGCGAAAACGACGACGACUCAAUUGCGCCAUCUAUCUUCCUGACUCCUCCUGAGACGCCCUAUCCUAGUCCACCUGCUUCUCCUGAACCUGAACAAAUCGAAGGGGAUCAUGCUAGAUUUGAAGUCUCCGACAUCGUCGAGUCGCACUCUGAAGUAAACGAACAGCUUGGAGGAUCUGGAACGACAGACAGCCCUGUGAUAUUGGACCCAAUCAUAAAUGGUCAGGAAGCAGGGGAGCAACUUGGGAUCGAGCCGACAGGUCCGACUCAACCCCAGGCAACACCAGAAAUUCUUCUAUGCAGCAGCUGUAACCGCGAGUACAAGACCAAAACCGCACUGGAGCAGCAUUACCGCGACACAGCAGCGCACCGUGACGAACCCGCGGUCUAUUGCAACAAUUGCCGUCGCAAAUAUCCCUCGCAGAAGGCAUUGGAGCAGCACUAUCGCGAUACUGUCGGGCAUGAAAUUGACGGUACUUUCUCGGAUGUAUCGCCCGUUUAUUGCCCCACUUGCGGGCGCAGGUAUGCGUCACAGAGAGCUAUGGAGCAACACUGGAAAGAUACUGUUGGCCACGCCCCGCCUAACUAUGUUCGAUCCUCUCCGCCGGCCUGGUCUGCCGACGAUCACCUGCGCUGCUCGGCAUGCACCCGGAAAUAUCGCACCAGGCAGGCAUUAGAGCAGCACUGCAAGGACAGCGCCGGCCAUUCACCGCUCGUCGCUACGGUCAGGGGAUGA